ACCCGAACGUUGGUUGGUCCCCGACGGCCACUCCAUAGACGAGAAACAGCGUGAUGAAUUUUUGGGCUUUGGUUUCGGACCAAGACGCUGUCCCGGGCAGCAUCUUGCUGUUAGAGAGGCUGUUAUUAUCAUUGCAAUUCUGCUCCGUAAUUUUGACGAGUUCUAUGCGGAUGCAGAAACCCACUCACCUAAAUUCUCUUCACGGCUCACGAUGUGUCAUCAAAACUCUCCG